AUUACUGAGACAGUAACCAAAUCUUUUAUAGAUCUUGAACUACAAAGAAGGCACCUCUAAAAGAUCAGCACUGCACAGAAAGAUACCAUGUUCUAGAAGUGUCGAAUACCUCUGGUCAAAGUCUAACGAGGAUGACUGGAAACAGCCACCCUGAGGAAUACAGGAUUUCGGCGCUUGUCUUCUACAGCUUCAUUUUCACAAUUGGCUUAUUCGUUAAUGUCACUGCCCUCUGGGUCUUCAGCUGCACCACCAAGAAGAGGACAACUAUAACCAUCUACAUGAUGAAUGUUGCACUGCUUGAUUUAAUAGCUAUAUUUUCUAUGCCUUUUCGGAUGCUUUACUAUGACAAAGGCUUUUGGUUCUUGGGAGACACUUUUUGCCGGGUUCUCAGUGCUCUCACCGUGUUCUACCCGAGCAUUGCUCUGUGGCUGCUGGCUUUCAUAAGUUUUGACAGAUAUCUGGCUGUUGUGCAGCCUAAAUAUGCCAAAGAACUUAAGAAUACAACCAAAGCUCUGAUAGUGUCCCUAGGCCUCUGGCUGACAACCAUAGCGACAACUUCUCCAUUACUGUUCCUAAAUGCUGAUCCAGAUGAAGCCACAAACCACACCAGUUGCAUUAAGAUGAUGGAUAUUAUCUACCUAAGCGAAGCCAACGCAUUAAAUUUUUCCCGCCUGGUGUUUUUUUCCUUGAUUCCCUUGUUUAUCAUGAUUGGCUGCUACCUGACCAUCAUUUACAGCCUCGUUCAUGGAAGAACUUCCAAGCUGAAACCGAAGGCUAAAGAGAGGUCGAUCAGAAUUAUUGUCACAUUGAUUGUCCAAGUCCUUGUAUGUUUUGUGCCUUUUCACAUUUGCUUUGCGCUCCUGAUGCUGCGAGCUGGACACAUAAACUACAACCCAUGGGGAGCAUUUACCACCUAUCUCAUGAACCUCAGCACAUGCCUAGAUGUAAUCCUGUACUACCUUGUCUCUAAGCAAUUUCAAGCUCGAGUGAUCAGCGUUAUGCUUUAUCGGAAUUAUCUUCGAAGUGUACGAAGGAAAAGUUUGCGAUCCGGAAGCAUGCGGUCACUAAAUAACAUCAACAGUGAGAUGAUAUAAAAAGGAAGGGGGAAAUGUAAAAAUACAGUUGAAGGAGUUUGGAUCAUCAAAGAGAGGAGAGCAUGGCAAAACUCAGAACAAUUUUUUAAAAAAACAUUCAAAUUGCUGUGUUAUGUUAGCAAAAAAGAGAAGGAAAUUGUUUUUCUAACCCAUUUGUUUUUCCCCGAUAAAAAAGAUUACCCUAUGUCUAAAUGCAUUGAGUUUUCUAUUAAUUAAUUCCAU